UGCUAUGUCCUGCUUACUUAUACACUCGAGGCGCAAUUGGGAGGCGCUGGGAGUAGUGAAGGGGGAACACUGGCCAAGUUGAAGCCACAAAAGGAAAGGACUGGCUGGACUGCGGGCAUAGAUAUGAAAUUCGGGCUCCGCAGGGUCCUCGAUUUGUGAUUUGGAAGAAAGAGAGGUGAAGAUGGGUGGUAAAACGGCAAGGGUCAAGGGAGGAGGCAAGUGGUGUGCACACGGGACAGUGGCGAUGAGAAGGAAACCAAUUUAGACCCUAGGUCCACUUGGGCAAUGAAAGGACAUUGCCCAUCCUCUCUCAAUCCCUCCUUGGAGAAAGACGAACGCCAAAGGAGGCCCCAUCUUCACACCGCUCCCGAGUCCGGCUCCCCAGCGGCCCUGGAGAACCCACGAUCGAGAGGAGACCUCCGAGCUGCCUAGACGGGACCCGGAAGUGCGCGCCGGGGAGCCCGAGUUUCCAGUCCUGCCCCGGGGGCCGAGGUGGCCGUCGUUGCGGAGCGGCUGCGCCAUGACUGCCCGUCCGUUGUCUCGCGCUCUGAAGACAUUUUAGGGGAAGUCUUGGCCUUGGAGCAGCACCGGGGAUUGGACCCAGCCCAUGGAGAAGCUGCCUGAGCAGAUGUCCCCGGAGUCCCUGUGCCCAUCCUCCGAGCAGGAGCCUCGAAAGAGCAAGGACGAGAAAACUGACACCCAAGAAGAAGUAAAUUACCCAAGGACACCCUGCUGGUAAUGGCAGAGCUGGAAUUCGAAUUCAGAUCUGCCCGGCUCGAGAUCACUUCCACCCCGUUUGGCGCACGGGUGCGCGAGGUCCGUUCUGCAAACAGCCCCGGAGGUCAGGUACCCCGGGCUGAGGGCCAGUUACCAAGAGCCUGCGAGUUCCUGUCUGUUUUCAUCCCUGAAUCACCCCCCUUGGCCUAAGCUGGUCAUGGGGCGUCCAGUCUGCUGAAGAAGUCUGUGAGGCUGAAAGUUUAUCCAGGCAAGGAAAUCAACAUUUCCCGAGCCUCACAUAUGUGCUACCGUUUGUGCAGGCAUCAUCUCCUUCCCUGUGUUCCACUUGAGAAGCCUUCACUUUUCCCUUGAACAGGUGAUGCUGACUUUGGAGGACAAGGACAUGAAGGGGUUCACGUGGGCCAUAGCCCCAGCUUUGACCUCCCUGGGCUACCUGCUUAUACUGCUGGUCUCCAUCUUUCCCUUCUGGGUGCGGCUUGUAAACGAGGAGUCCCAUGAAGUGUUUUUCAGUGGCCUGUUUGAGAACUGCUUCCAUAUCAAAUGCUGGAAGCCUCGACCCUUAUCAGUGUACAUCAUUCUUGGCCGCGUUUUCCUGCUGUCCGCGGUUGUCCUGUCUUUCCUCACCACCUUCAUCCUGGUGUCCUUUGCAUCUCAGCUGUUUCCGAGGACCCGGAAGCACAAUUUGGUGUCAGCCUUCAUCAGCUUCCUCACAGGGGCCAGUGCCUUCCUGGCCUUGUUGCUGCAUGCCCUGGAGAUCCAGAAUCUGAGGAUGAAGCCCAGCCCCCCCAAGUUCUCGGUGCAGUGGCCUUACUACGUUCUGGGCUUUGCCAUCCUUCUGUUCAUAGUGGCUGGUGCCAUCUGCCUCUUUCAAGAAGCAGCCUGCCUUCGCUGCCGUUUGUUGCCCAAUUCCCAGAGUAUCCAGGAGACCCAAGGGGUCAUACACCUGGAGAAUAUGGAGAGUCUGGGAGGAGACCUGAGCUCAAUACAAAAGGAGACACUGCUGAAGGAAGAAACAAUUAUCUAGUCCGGGAGAGCGUCCUCCGCCAUCGGCAGCUGUGUGAGUGCGUGUGUGGAGGCGUAAGUGGCAACCAGUUUCUGCUGCUUUUGGUGAGCUUCCUGAGUGUCAGAUCUAUGUUCCACUUCCCCACACUCACAGUGAUUCUGUCUUGCUUGUAUUUGCAAUUCGUUAAAACAUUUUUUUGAAUUUU